CAAUCUCUCUGAAUGUAAGGGGAAAAUUAUAAUGACAUAAAAUGCUAGAAUCAAAAGGCAUGACUUUUCCUAACAACAAAGAAUUUAUACAUUAAUGCUAAUGUAUCAUGGCAACUUAAUUGGUUAACCUGGAUAUAAUGAUCCAAUACACAUGAGACCAUGGUCAAGAUCACUGGUAGCUUCUUUCUCACAGUAGUGGUAUUGUUACUGUUUCCACAUUUUCUAUAAACCUCAUUGCUUCCAGAUGCUUCUUCCGCUCUUCCCCGGUGUCCACAGGCAUGUAUUUAUUUUCUUUUUGCUUUACUGGAGACAAUAACCAUGCUGGAAGUGAUUUGUCCAUCUGUGUUUUAUUCCUUUCUGCGUUUGCCAGUAUGACUACUUCUAAUAGUUUCAUUUUACAUUGUGUUUACAGAACAGUGAUCUCUCAGUGUUUUAUGACAUAAAUCAUUUGAGGACAUUAUUCAUGACAUUUGGUAUAGAAUUCAGCAGAGAGACAACAAUAGACUGCCAGUCCCUUUCGGUCCUUUGUUAGUUUACUGUAAUAUGACAUGACAUUUUAGAAUUGCCAUAUUUAUCUGUCUGUCCAUCCUUUUAGAUGGUGGAGGUGUACAGUGUGACAGUGGACUGCACUGUGACGUCUCGUUUCGCCCACACCGUCAUGACCACCAAGGCUCUGAACAAAGCAAACUCCUCCCAGGAAAUCUUCUUUGAAGUGGAGCUGCCCAAGACCGCCUUCAUCACCAACUUCAGCAUGGAAACUGAAGGUCAGGUGUAUGUCGGGGAGGUGAAGGAGAAAGAGAAAGCCAGGAAAGAGUAUGAGAAGGCUGUUUCCUCUGGACAGACUGCUGGACUGGUCAAGGCUUCUGGAAGAAAGAUGGAGCAGUUUUCAGUGUCUGUCAACGUGGCAGCUGAAAGUAACGUGACUUUCAUUCUGAACUACGAGGAGCUCCUUCAGAGGAAUCUGGGCCGAUAUGAGAUUCUAACCCGAGUUAAACCCAAACAACCUGUGCAGGAGUUUCAGAUUGUGGCAGACAUCUAUGAGCCCCAGGGCAUUGCUUUUGUUGAGGCCACUUCAACUUUCCUCACCAAUGAACUGCUCUUCCUGGUGGAAAAAACCGUCACAGACACAAAGGCACACAUCUCUUUCUCACCAACACUGGAGCAACAGAGGAAAUGUCCACGAUGUAAAGGCACCAUAAUUAACGGAUAUUUCAUCAUCAAGUACGAUGUGAAACGAGAAGAGCGCCUAGGGGACGUUCAGAUUGUAAACGGAUACUUUGUGCACUUUUUUGCUCCACCUGACCUGGCCAGAGUCCCAAAGAAUGUGGUGUUUGUGAUUGACAGGAGCGGAUCAAUGAGUGGAAGAAAGAUUGCACAGACACGUGAAGCAUUGGAAGCCAUUCUGAAAGACCUCCACGAGGAAGACCACUUUGCUCUCAUCCUCUUUGAUAAUAACAUUAUCACCUGGAAGGAUUCUCUUACCAAAGCAACAGAGGAAAAUGUAUCUGAGGCCAUUGCCUACAUCAGGAAGCUCAGAGACAAUGGAUCCACCAAUAUCAAUGAUGCUGUACUGAGGGCAGUGAGCAUGCUGGUGACAGAAAGAAAACAUAAGAACCUUCCAGAAAGGAGUACAGAUAUGAUUAUUUUACUGACUGAUGGGAUGCCAAACAGUGGAGAAUCUAACCCCCUGAGGAUCCAGGAGAAUGUGCAUUCUGCUAUUGGAGGAAAUAUGGCUCUGUAUUGUCUUGGAUUUGGGAAUGAUGUGGAUUACUCCUUCCUGGAUGUAAUGUGCAAACAAAACAAGGGACUGGCCCGCAGAAUUUUUGAGGGUUCAGAUGCAACACUUCAACUUCAGGGUUUCUAUGAGGAGGUGUCCAGCCCUCUGCUCUUGGAGGUUGAUCUGCGUUAUCCUGAUGACGCAGUGGACUUCUUGACCACAAGCCACUUCGGCCAGUUGUUUAAUGGCUCAGAGAUUGUGGUGUCUGGUCGGCUGAGGGACAAUAACAUAGAUAACUUCUUGGUUGAAGUGUUUGCUCAGGGGCCUGAAGAGGACUUCUGGGUGCAGGGAAAGGCCAGUGUGGUAGAUUUGGAUGUGAUCUACCCAGAACAGGAGUACAUCUUGGGUUUCUCAGAGCGUCUGUGGGCCUACCUCACCGUCCGACAGCUACUGGAGAACAGUGACAUUGGUACUCAGCAGGAGAAAAACGAUACAACAGCCAAGGCCCUGGACAUGUCCCUGCGAUAUAGCUUUGUCACCCAUGUUACCUCCAUGGUGGUUGCCAAGCCUGAAAGUGAGGACGGACCAUACAGCCUUCUCAUCGCGGAUAAACUGACUGAGGACCAGCGACAGAAAGCAGAGAGACACAGCGGUUCUUCAGGCCAUUCUUCCAGUAACAGUAGCCCAUCAAGUGUGGAUGGAGAUCCUCAUUUCAUGAUAGAGCUCCCUGACAGAGAAGACGCCCUGUGCUUUAACAUCAACGACAAACCAGGAACCAUUUUCAACCUGGUCAGAGACCCUAAAUCAGGUUUUGUAGUGAAUGGCCAAAUUACUGGCAAGAAGAAAGUCUUUCGGGAUGGUAACAUCCACACCUACUUUGGCCGUUUUGGUAUCACCCACCAGAAGCUGGGGGUGAGGCUGGAGGUGAGCACUCAGGACAUAUCAGUCUUCCACGAUGGCAAGCAGUUCAAGCUGCUUUGGUCUGAUGCAGCCUCUAUCAAAGAAACCAAUAUGGACAUCAGGUUGACUAAGAACUGCAGCUUGACAGUAACACUGAGGCACUCUGUUAAAUUCAUGGUCAUCAGACACUCAAAGGUUUGGAAGAGACGCCAGGAACAACAAGACUACCUGGGUUUCUACACCAUGGACAGCCACCACUUGUCUGCUUUGGUUCAUGGCCUGCUAGGUCAGUUCUACCAUGGGGUUGAGUUUGAGGUGGCAGACCUGCGUCUAGGUGAGGUCCAGGAGAACUUAGAUGCCACCAUGUAUGUGAAAGGACAGGAGCUCAAUGUGACCAGACACUGGCAGAAAGACUUCAGCUGGCAUGUGAAGAAUGGGGAAAACAUCCCCUGCUGGUUUGUUAACAGGGAUGGAACAGGCCUCAUCGAUGGAAGAGCCUCAGACUACAUUGUGUCAGGGCUUUUUAAGACAAUAGCUGAUGUAAAGUAAAGUUGACCCUAUGCUAAAUGUGCUUCACAGCUGGUAAUAUACAAACUUCGAACUACUUUAACAUAUAUCACUAACAUAACAGGGUGUCUGGAGAUUUGUGCAUUAACUAUUUUACACAAGAACUAUAUAUUUUCUGUCCGAUACAAUAAAAUACAUCACCACCUGUCUCAUAUUCAUGUUUUGCACUUCAUAAAACAUCCAUAUUGUGCAGGGUCUGCUUCUCUGUGAGUGUGAUUGCAUUUUUAUAUAUGUUUUAACUUGUCAUAGCAGGAAAAGCAUAGAUGUAAAUAACACUAAUGAUACUUUGAGGUAACCUCGGUGCGUGCA